GUAGUUUGAUGAGUGUGAGUAUUUGUGGUAAAAAUAUGUUUCUGGGGGAAAAUUAAGGACUUCGACAUCGACAUAUAUAUUUAUUUAUCAAGAACGGAAACGAUUCUGACACACCUGUAUAUCAAAAUACUCAACUCAAUAAAUAGUUCGUAUUUAUUUUUGCUUAUCACUCUCGACAGUGGCAGUCACUGUGAUUACACGUAGUUCCACACCUCAAAAUGAACACUACCGACGUGGUGGACGCCGUCGACACGGCCCCUUCGGCCAAAAUCACCAUCACAUACCCAGGGGGCAGAACAGUGGAAUUCGGCAAAGAGCUCAAGCCCGAAGAAGUCAAAGACGAGCCCCAGGUAUGCUGGGACGCCGCCCCUGACAAGUACUACACCCUCCUCAUGUUCGAUCCGGACGCCCCCAGCAGAAUGGAGCCCAAAAUUGCGGACGUGAAGCACUGGUUAGUGGUGAAUAUUCAAGGGUGUGAAGUGAAAACUGGAGAAGUGAUUGCGGAGUAUAUGGGGUCAGGAGCGCCGCAAGGGACCGGCUUGCACAGAUACAUUUUUCUAGUGUUCGAACAGAAAGGAAAAAUGCAAUUCAAGGAACCCAAAAGUGGCAAACUGGACAAAGAGCACCGCAUUAGCUGGUCGAUGAGGAAGUUUAGAAGGGAGAAUGAGUUAGGGGAAGCGUAUGCUGGGAAUUAUUUCGUCGCUCAGUGGAGUCCGUUUGUUGACGAGUGGCGGAAGCAAUGGGAAAUGGCUGCUAAUAGUAGGGGGAACUAAUGUAUCUAAUUAAUUUAUCGACCAAUGUUACUUCAAUAAAUGUUGUAUGUAUUUUUUUCGCAACUUUUUAAAUAAACAAGAUUUGAAUCUAAGAAAUGUAA